AUGGGUAAAUGCCGUUGCAAACGUUGCGGAAAUAUAUUAAUACUCGGUGAGGAUCACUCUUGCUGCAAUUACAAAAAAUUUGACUAUAGGUAUUUAAUACAACAGCGAGCAGAAUCCGAUGACAACCUUGAUGAAGGAAACGAUAAAUCUACGGAAAGUUCGAAUGACAAUUCUCAGAAUUUAAGUCGUGCUUUUGGACGAAACGAAAGUAAAGGAUCAGUGCUCAGAAGUUUGUGUCUAUUUCAAAAUACUGAAAGAGGCAAGUCUACGAAUUCUGCAGGGAGCUCCAACUAUUCACAACCAAGGAAUCCUUCUGAUAGUUCAUUUUUUCAUCCCAUUUCAGAUUUCCAAGCGAUUCAAGUCCAAACAAAUCAAAAUGCCUCUUUCACGGUUUCUUCAGAAAAUGCUGAAUCUAAUAACAGACAUGAAAAUGAUUGUAUCGAAACCUAUAAAAGAGAACAAGCUGCUGCCGGAUCGAGUGGUAUUGACAUACAAAAUCAAAGUGGAUCAAGUGGACCGAAUCUGAUGCAUGCGAAACCUGAUAAAGAACGUAAAAUGUCUCUUGAAGAUAGCAAAUCGCAUUCUUUGAAAAAAGAUAAAAAGGAUUUUAUGGAUGAUCUAGAAAAUGUUAUCAGAAAUCCUCUUUCAGAUAAUAACAAUAUAUCUGGAAAUGCGAAUUCAACUGAGAAUCCUGAUUUGCCACCAGGAGAUAACGUGCCGAAAAAUUGCAAAAUGCAAGUGUCAGAAUGUGUAAAUGAUGAACAUAUUUUACCCGAAGUGCCCUCUCAGGUUCACAGUAAGAAGACGAAAGUAGUUACCUACAUGAAGGAACCUCAUUUUACCAAAAAAGAUGACAAUGCUGUGGCUGGACCUUCAGGACUCUGUGCCCGUAAGAAGAAAUUUCCUAAGACCUGCAGUGGGAAAGAUACUCUUAAACCGAAUUAUCAAACACACACUGGCAAUGAGCCCUUUAUGUGCAAUAUAUGCAAGAAAAAAUUCUCUUCUAAAUCAGAUUUCGACCGACAUUACAGAACGCACACUGGCGAAAAGCCUUAUGAAUGCGCUAUAUGCAGGAAAAAAUACAGUCGGAAAUCAUAUCUCAUCAUCCAUUAUCGAGUACAUACUGGCGAAAAGCCUCAUGUGUGUGAAUUUUGUAAUAAAGGUUUUUCUCAAAAGGGUGAUCUUAAAAUACAUGUAAGGACACACACUGGAGAAAAGCCUUAUGUGUGUGAAUUUUGUAAUAAAGGUUUUUCUCAAAAGGGUAAUCUUGAAAUACAUGUAAGGACACACACUGGAGAAAAGCCAUAUGAAUGUCCAGCUUGUGAAAAGUCUUUCAUACACAGCAGGGAUUUUAAAAGUCAUCACAAAAGAAAGCACGAGUGA